UUUAGUAAUCUCAAUUAAUCGCGACUUGAGAUGGCUGUCACAUGGACAAUUUUUUUUUUUUGCUAAAAACUCUCGAAUGCUGCCAUAAAAAUCCUCAGUAAAUCAGAUUAUUUUUUAGAGGAAUCCAAUGGUGACAUUUUUGAAUCUGAGAACUGUGCCGUACUGUAAUAUGAAACAGUAAAAGAGCCAGGAUUGGUCAAAAUUUAAGAUAGACUUUCUCAACUAAUACAUUGCGAAACAGAAAAAUAAUGCAAAACAGAGUUGUCUUUGUUUUUCUGAGUUUCUUCUGUUCGGUAUGUUUUGGUUGUUUUCAGUAGAUAGUGAUUAGUGAGGCAAGUUUAAACCAGGAAGAAGUGCUCACACCAUCUAUCAUUUUUCAACCAUACGUUUUAUUAUUUGUGAUUCAUUCAGUAAUCAUAAACACCUUUUACCAUUUAAUAACAAUACUUUUUUCUUAUCAAUGCAGGUUAAACUAUUAUAUUUGUGCAUUAACGAAAUGCAAAUAUUUGGUGUAUGAAAAAAAUAACCCUGUAUGUUUCAAAAUCGACAAAAAGAAAAAGAAAUUUUGACUGUUUAUUUCGCCAAGAAGAGGCCUUCCUGAAAUUAUCGAAGUUGCUUUCUAUCUGGUUAAUACAGUUUUUCUGAGAAUGUAGUUGUGUUCCCAAAAAUUAAAACCCAAUAGUUACAGAUUUUGAAAUUCCAGUAGUGGCUCACAAUUUAUCUUCUGAAAGAGUGAUCACUUUGAAAAUGGAGAUGCCAGAUACAGAGUCUGGACAGCAGAGGUUUUCUCUUAGAGGAUGGAGAUUUUGGAUUCGACCUGUUGUUAUUGUAGUCUAUUCUCUACUUUUUCUGGUAACUGUACCAUUGGUUGCUGUAUAUCUUGAAAAAAGCCAAGAAUCACCUAAAACGGAAGCGUGGUUGAUCGCUGGGGUUUUUGUACUUUUCACUGUACCUAUAUCACUAUGGACUAUCCUACAGCACUUGAUAUAUUACACCCAACCGGAGUUACAGAAACACAUUAUACGGAUCUUAUGGAUGGUUCCGAUAUAUUCAAUCGACUCUUGGGUGGCGAUUAUUUACCCACCAAGUGCAAUUUACCUCGACACAUUACGAGAAUGCUACGAAGCUUAUGUUGUUUAUAACUUCAUGGCGUAUUUGUUGAAUUACCUUACAAGAGAAUAUGAACUUGCAGGGACAUUAGGAGCAAAAUCUCAACAGAAGCACCUUGUGCCUUUCUGUUGCUUUCCUGUGUGGCCAAUGGGAGGAAUAUUUAUCGAACGAUGUAAACAAGGAGUGUUACAAUACACUAUUCUUCGACCGAUAACAACUUUAAUUGCUUUGAUUUGCGAGUUAGCCGGACGUUAUCACGAAGGCGACUUCAGUCCUGCCUAUGCUUGGGUCUGGAUCGUUUUUAUCAACAAUGCGUCACAAAUUUGGGCGAUGUAUUGCUUAGUUUUGUUUUAUUACGCAACAAAAGAAGAACUGAAGCCUAUCAAACCUGUGGGAAAAUUUUUGUGCGUUAAAUUAGUUGUUUUUGCUUCAUUCUGGCAAGCUGUCGCGAUUGCUAUCGUUGUGUUUGUGAUUCCUUUCAAGCAGAAAUGGGGUUGGGUAACACGUGAUGAAAUGGCAAACGGUUUACAAGACUUUAUUAUCUGCAUUGAAAUGUUGAUCGCGGCAGUCGCGCAUCACUUCACUUUUUCGUAUAAACCAUUUAUUAUACAAGGACACAAUGUUCCAUGGUAUCGCUCUUUUCGAAGCAUGCUGGACGUUUCUGACGUUCGUCAAGAUAUUGCCGAACAAGUUCGAGAAGUCGGGCAGCGUGUUAUCCCGAAACAAGCACCUUGGAAACGCCGACAGAAAAAUGGAUUUACGGAUGACAGUGAAAAAUAUGAUGAAUUGUCGUCUUUAAUUACGCCAUCAUCUUCUGAUGGUGAAAUGGCGAAUAUUUUAGGGUACGGAGAACGCCCUUCGUAUUCGUCUCAUGGCAGGGUGCAAGACAAUCAUACAGAUGGAUAUGACAAUGUAGAAAGAGACAGUGACAGGUAGUGCUGUUAUAAAAUGACUAUAUAUAGGGGGUUCCAUGAAGUCUUAACAAUUUUUUAAAUUGCAAAUGAAAUUUAUCGAUACCAUAUAUUGUUUUGGCACUUACAUAUGUAAAUUAACUAAAAAUGGCUAAACAAUUACUGAUUAAAACAGCAGACUUGGUUGAGAUAUUUUGAGAACUGACUUCAUGAAAGGGACUUUAUUUCCUGUAUUUCAUAUUUAUGCAUAGGUCACACCCAGUGGCGGAUUCAGGGGGGUCCCAACUUAUGCGAACUCUUUCUUAAAAUGUCAUCAUAAUUAGCAAAUCUGAAUCGUGAUUUUCAGAGCUAAAGUUUGGGCAUGAUUUUCUGAAAUAUGAGAAUCUGUUGUUAGUGAGUUAAUACAAAAGAAACAAUGUACAGAAAAUUCCGAAUCUCAUUAUCGAAUUAGUGAAUUUUUGUUAAAUUGUAUGUUGUGAUACUUGCUGUAUAUUCUGUGUUACAAAAAUGUUUUUGUGUGUGAACCAUCAUUUUUAUAUGAAUCAUAUUCUGUAUCCUGAUAGCGCCAUUUGCGAAAACUUUUCCACUUUUUGGGUGUCAAUUCUUUACACCCAGCUUUGGUUCCUCGCUGCUUCCCUUCCCUGGUGCAACUGUGUGUUUACUUUUAUUUCUUAUUUUGUUUACGAUCGGUUUUUAUAUGAAUCAUACUUUGUAUGAUUGAUUACCAAGUUUUUGUAGUAAGUUUCCCAUCAUUUGUCACUUUUUGAUAACCAUUCUUGGUUUCCCACGGCUUCUCUUCCCAGGUACAACUGUAUUUUUCCAUUUUCCUCUUGUUUUGUGUAGGAUUGGUUUUUACUGACUGGAAAAAAUAAAAAUGAUAUCAAAAUCAUCA